UUAAUUGGGAAUUAAAAGCAAAAAAUUAUUAGCCUCAUGAUCGAUCAUGAUUACACAUAUAUAAAUCGCUGGAAGUGUGGCGGCAGGGGAAGAAGAUCAAUUGAGGAGCAGAGCAGGAAGUGACGAGCGAUGACGACGGCGUACCCACUGGAUCCGAAGUCGUACCGGCUUCUUUACGAGGUGGGUAGCGGUGUGAGUGCGGUGGUGUACAAGGCGGCGUGCCUCCACCACCCGUCAUCAUCGCCGGUGGUGGCGAUCAAGUCGAUAGACUUGGAGAGGUCGCGCGCCAACCUGGACGACGUGCGUCGCGAGGCCAAGGCCAUGGCCCUGCUCUCCCACCCCAACGUCCUCCGUGCCCACUGCUCCUUCACUGUCGACCGCCACCUGUGGGUCGUCAUGCCUUUCAUGGCCGCCGGGUCUCUCCACUCCAUCCUCGCCUCCGCCUUCCCGGCCGGCCUCCCCGAGGCAUCCAUCGCCUUCGUCCUCCGCGAUACCCUACUCGCUCUCUCCUACCUCCACGGCCAGGGACACAUCCACCGCGACAUUAAGGCCGGCAACAUCCUCGUCGAUUCAGACGGCUCCGUCAAGCUCGCCGACUUCGGCGUCUCCGCGUCCAUCUACGAGUCCCACUCUGCCACCGCCUCUGCUUCCGCCUCCUUCUUUAACGACGUCGCCGGGACGCCGUACUGGAUGGCGCCGGAGGUGUUGCACUCCCACCUCGGCUACGGCAUCAAGGCCGACAUCUGGUCCUUCGGCAUCACCGCGCUGGAGCUCGCCCACGGCCGCCCGCCGCUCUCCCACCUCCCGCUCUCCAAGUCGCUCAUGAUGAAGAUCACCAACCGCCUCCGCUUCGAGGACCAUCACGGCUGCGGCGGCGGCGGGGAUCUCGACAAGAUCAAGAAGAAGAAGUUCUCGAAGGCUUUCAAGGACAUGGUGGCGGCCUGCCUCUGCCGAGACCCCUCCAAGAGGCCGUCCGCCGACAAGCUCCUCCGCCACCCUUUUUUCAAGAACUGCAAGUCCAACGAGUACUUCGUCAAGAACGUUUUGCAUGCCGUCCCCGCCAUCCACGAAAGAUGUAUGGAGAAGAUGAACAACAUCGAGGAAGUCAACAUAGACUACGACCACGCUACCACCGAGGGCUCGGCGUCUCCUCUGGUCAAGAACCGCCGUAUCAGCGGGUGGAACUUCAACGAGAACGUGCUGGCGCUGGACCCGGUGUACCCACCAGAUAUCGACGACAAGAGCUGCAAAGAAGAAGACCACCACAAGGAGGCGACGGCGGCGAAGGCGGACCAAACAGAGGCAGCAGAUUGCCAUCAAGAUCAGGAGAAAACAGAGGCCGCAGAUGCUAAGAAGCAGCAGGCGAUGGUGGUGGUGAAGCAGACUCUGGUGCCGAACCUGGCGUCGCUGCUGAGCAGCCUGGAGUUGCAGCGGGGGAUGGUGAUGGAGGUGCUGUCGCGGUGCGGGCGCUGCUGCACGGUGGUCGACGGCGGAGGCGGGGGAAAGCGGCCGGAGUCGGAGAUGGUGAUGAUGGUGAACCUCCGGGACCAGAAGCUGUGGGAGUACAUCAACAGCCUGCAGCGCACCGUCGACGACCUCAAGCUGCAGCUGCUCAGGGAGAUGAAGCGCAACGCAGACUUGGAGGCCGCUCUCACAAUUAAAUUAAACUCCUACUAAUGAUAUUUAACCUUGUUACUUAUACGCUACUCUGCUUUCAGCACAACUAUUUUACUUGAGUUAAAUUAUGAAAUAUUAUUGUGUUCUCUUCUAUAAUCAUAAUGUAAACUAGUGCUGUGUAGCGUAAUAGACGUCAAAGUAUUUAGUCCUCA